AUGGACUUUGCAAACUUGGUUUUGGAUGACGUGCGCGACUUCCUGGCUGACGAUCUGGCUCGUGAGUUUCUUCCUCCCCAUGUGGAGGAGAAACGGCAGGUGCUUCUGGAACAGCUAGAUCUUCUCACAUUCGGUCCCUGUCCUCCCACGCCUCCACCAGUUCCGCCCUCACCUCCGCACCCACUUGAUCGGAGAACCACCGUACCCAAGAGGCACUCAAUGCCACCGACCUUCGCCUCCCAUGGCCAUACGAGCCAUGGGCCCUGCUGGGACGCUGGGGUGAGUCACUUUCAGGACAAGUUCGCUAUUCCGAUGUGUCCCUCUCGUCAACUAUCCAAAGUGGCCUUGAAAUGCGCCUCCGCCCCCUUGUUGCUUCGCUCAAUACUUGAUUUUUAACAAUGUCGAAACGCCGCGAUCGCCGAUCCCCUGCAUUCAUCUAUCUCACGCUACGCAACGCCAAGUGCCUCCUUUCGUCCAUCGCUUGAGUGCAGUCACGAGGUGUCGGCGUGCGUCCAUUACCACCCGACAGACGCCAGCGUUCCAGCGGGUUCCGCGGCCUCACCCCUCUACGAGGAACCGCUGACGCUGAUCCAGCGCCACGCUCGUCUCCCCUCUAGGCCGUCGUCGAUGCCUGUCUGGGAAUCGAAGCAGCCGCCCACCGUGACCACCAUCACACGGCGCUCCAUGUCGCCGCAUCUGGGAAGCGGUGUGCGACAUCCAUUCUUUGUGUCGGUUCCUUUUGAUGUGAAAAUCCCACCACCUAAGUGCGCUGUCCGUCUGGCGGAGACGCCAAGAGGGUGUCCAUUGAGGUCGAAUGUCGUGGACGCACAUCGUUCGCAAAGUUUUGUUCCGGGUGACUCAUCGACACAACACGACGACGACGACCGCUUUUUUCUUCUUUAUGCGGCCGGUGCCCCUCCACCACGCCGGCUCUUGUCUCACCGGACGUCACGCGAUUCUCUUGUGCCUAAUACAAAAUUUGUGCAUGGUGAUGUGUUCAGAAUUUUACCAGAAUCUUCGUCACUCAGGGUGAAACGCUUGCAUUCACCCAAAUCUCGCGUCCUCUUCGGGCGACAGACACUGUCCGAUUUCCGCACACCCUGGGGCACCACUACCGCCGCCGCCCCCUUCCCCGCACCGCGGUGUGGCGCGUUUCGCUUAAUGACCACCGUAAGCAUUAACUUUCUCUUCACGGCUUAUGUGGGUGUGCCGUGUGCGUUAAUUCCCCGGGCGCAACUGACCCUCACAGACCUCGAAAUUGACGGACUGCUCCGCCUGGUAGAGUUCGCCUCUUUAGCUGAAACAGGCAACAUUUACAGCCAUGCACCAAACGCGUAUCCAAUUUCGGUGUAUUUGGCUGGGCUACGACGGUCCUCUUUUUGCUCUGUCGCGGUGAACCACAACUGGUCCCCACCGCGACCUCCUCCAAACUGCCACUGUCGUGGUAAAGUUAGUCCCAAGAGGAGGCGUUUUUUGUCGUCGCGAAUCGGCACCCUCGUUGUGUUUGUUCUCUCUCGCACCUCGGCCACGUUGUGCGCUUUCUGUUUACUGGGCUUCCUAACUGCUGCUGCUGCUACUGCCCAGUCGUCGUCUUCGUCGAUGUCACACCGCGGUCCCCCGGUGCGGGGUGACCGACACUUGUCGCCGAUGCCACCUCGCCCGACAUUCGCGGCCCAAACACCCCCCGUGGACAAUACAGACCACGGAACCCUGAUCCCCACACCCAACCUGGAAGCGGCGAAAUUCACGCCAAAAAACAACGUGAAAUCCCGGCUUCGUGUGCAGGUGUUCGCGUCUGUGCUUGUCCAUAAACGGUUACCAAAGCGCUCAGUCCACUCGUCCCGGCGUGUGCCGGUGUACUUUACGCUCUCGGGGCCGCUCUACUACCGCUACAAGCCGCGCAAGUGGUCUCGCCUGGGCCACUGUGUCCUCACCCCGGGCGCUCACCUCCUCGGCUUCAAGUCCUCCCACGCGCUCACCCCCUCCGUGGCCAUCUUCAUCUCCGGCUCCACCUCCGCCGUCUACUCGGGCCGCGACUCUGGCAUGGAUCACGUGAUCAAGAUCACACACUCAACUUCCCCUCACAAGGCCAACGUGUUCGCCACGGACUCAGAAGCCGAGGCUAUGACGUGGAUCGAUCAAAUCAACCAAUACGCCCAGGGAAUUACACCUUGCCCGGUGCACGGCCUUGUAACCCGCCGCACCCCAGAACCCGCGGAUUCCUCGAUGGCCGAUUUCGCACGGACCACGUCGAUGUCGACCAUGACCGUUUCAACGGCGCACCUCCGCAAGACUGCCACGCCCAGGGAUGUACGGCCGAAAAGUCUCUUCCUCUUCCCGUGCACGACCCCAAGUAACUGUGAUGGCUUGUUUGCAGGUACUCUGGAGCACCAGCUGCAUGCGUCGGGGGGAAAUAAGAAGGCCGACUUGUCUGACGCAACUCAGGCAAGUCGAAGACUGGCCCACUGCCUCCUGGGCUUUGUCGAGGAUAGUGGAUUCUCGGGUGUGUUGUCAUCGAGCAGCUCGGCUACCGAGGGUGCCUGCGGCGACGUCUACCUCAACGCGGAGCGUGGGCACCCACCCAGCCUCCGUGGCAUUGCCAACUCCUCCUCCUCCCCUCGCAACUCCACCACCUACGACCUCCUCCAAUCGCGUGCGUCCGGACUCUUUUCCUCGGUUCGCAGGAAGGUGGAGUCGCUCAGCUCCAGGCGCAGGUCGGUAACGCUGACCGGUGGCGCGAGACGGCCGACCAUCAUCGAGGCGGAUGUCUUCUCCCCUCCGCCCACGCCACCGCCGCUUCCAGCGUCCUGUGUCACCACGCGGGGCGAUGCUCUGCUGGGCUUCGGCUGGUCCCAGCUAGAAUCGGAAUCGGUGGAGAAAUUGCUUUCGUCUGGAGGUGGUGGUAGCUCCGGCGGUGGCGUGUCGACGCCUUCACCGAAGGUGAGGGCUUGGCGGAGCAUGAGGGGGGCAUCGUCGAAGACGGUGACGCCUCGCCAGCCCCUUCCGAAACCCUCUGAAUCAUCAGCGCAAUCGGUUUUAUCUUGCGAGGCCUACAUCCGCGUGCCCGGCCGCCUGCCCUGGACGAAGCGCUGGUGCGUUCUGCGCUCCUCCGUCCUCGAGAUCUUCUCCUCCAACCGCCCGCCGUCCGCGUCCACCUCCGGCCCCGUCUUCAGCCUGCCGCUGCAACCCGGCCUGGUUGAGGUGUCCCUGGCCGAGGACAAGCUUCGUCGCUCGGCCAUCCGCCUCUCCGCGCCCAAUCUCUCCGCCGUGCCGCUCCUCUUCGACGCUGGCGACACCGUCACCAUGGGACAGUGGAUCCGGGGCAUCAUCAUAGCCCUAGGGCUCCUCGCUCGGCCUCCAGCAGUCUCCACUGCAUCGGCUACACAUAGCAUGCGCGGCAUACCAGCGAAUUCUGUGCCCCCGACAAACUGCGCAUUGCAUUCGAAGUCCCGUCGCUACUCGGACAUAGUUCCUUCCAGCACGUCAACGAGCGCCUGUCGGUCUCUCUCCGCCACCACCUGCCACCCCGAGGUAUUCGCGCCGGUCGUCUUCACUGGCGACGAGCCCGACGCCACGACAGACCCCGUCUACGACGAGGUUGCCGCGGUCCUGGCCAGUGUGAGGCGGGAGACGCAUUGCGUAGGUGCGGUUGCCUCGCUCAAACGCUGGAGCCUCCCGCCUCACGCUCCGAUGCGUCUCUCCGAAGUGACGCCUCUGCCGCCGCUCCCGUCAGCCGGGCCCAGCAGCGGAGCCAGUUCGCUCUGCGACGGUGUCUACUCCAGCGUAUACGACAGCACGAAACGCCACAAUCAGGAGCGCGUAUACGACUCGGUGAUGGGAAGUAUCAGUCGCAGGACCCGAUCACACUCGGAGACGCUGCACUCCAAGAGCUCGCCCGAGCCGACAUCUCACUCACUCGUCUCGUUGGCUACCGACGGCUUCAGCAGUUGCUACCUCUUCCGCAAUGCCUCCGGUCACUGGAAGAACCGACGAUGCCGAAGCCUCGACUGGGACUUCAUGGUCACCCAGUGCACCUCGUCCCAACCCCGAAACCUCCUCCUCCUCUCCGAGUCAAAUACCAGCGCCAGCGACUGGAAGAAGGUUGAGGCGACGAUGACCGACUUCCUCAGCCGCCUAGAUCUGGAUUGCUGCUCGUCCGGCGACAAGGUUGCCUCUUACCUCGAUCGAAGUUCCGAAUCGACGCCGGUGACAGCCGUCGCGCGGAGCUUCUCGUGCAUGUCCAGUGGCACAUCGAGGAAGGCCUCCGAAGAGGUUCAGACCCCACGGGGACUCACCAUGCCGCUGAGUCGUCUAGUCCAGCCCUCCUCCCCACCACCAGGUGCCAAUCCGCUGGAAUUCAAGCUCGUCGAGAGGGCCAGUGAAAAGACGAACAAGUCUCCAGCCUUCCCCGACGCAGACUCAGCCAAACUCACCACCUCCCAGCUGGCAGACGGCCUUGAAGAUGCCCUACUGGCUCUUGUAAGUGUGGCUGAAGUGUGUGGGUUUAAUUUGCCGCUUAUACAUUAG